CCUGAUAAAUGAUAGGUUCACCCAUCUUACUCUAUUUUCUUGAGAGACUUCAAAUUUCAGAGAGAGUAAAAGCAUUUGUCAUUUUGCGAAAACUCUUUAUAAAACGUUCUAAAUAAAGUACGAUAAAGUAUUUGUAUAUAAAUAUAAGAAGAUGGUGAGCGAUUUAAAACCGGAAUGUUCCUUCUCCUGUUGGUAUCCAACAUUCAAGAAAGAUUCUUUGGAGGCUACGAUCCUCGACAUUCCUGACGAUGUUUUAAAGUAUUUGGAGCACGACGCAUUUGUGUUGCCUGUCGAAGCGGUGAGAUCGUUAUCAGAGAAUUCUGAAUGGACUGACGGUUCACCAGUGACUGGUGAAGAAGAGGAAACGGACUAUCAACCAACAUUUCCUGAAUUCAGUAAAAAAAUACAAGAUGUAUUAGAUGAAUAUGAUGCAAUAUUCAUCAAAACUAAUUGGAGCUCACCUGCGGAUGCAACAUGGGUUGCGCCAACAAAGACUCUCAAAUGUAAGACCUUGGAGGAAGUCUAUUUAUUGUUGAAGAGUUCUGAUAGAAUUGCUAAAGAUUUGAAUACUGUAAAAUCUUUGAGAGAUAGCGAAAAUUCUUUGUCAUUCUACCUGGUAUUGAAGCAGUGGCGAGACAUCAACCCUUGCACAGAAUUUCGCUGCUUUGUUAUGGACAAUGAGCUCAUUGCUAUAAGUCAGAGAGAUAUAUCGCAGUACCACAGUUCCAAUGAGUCAGAAAAAUAUAGUAUACAGACAGACAUCAAGAGCUUGUUUUCAGAGCGCAUCAAAGGCAAAUUUCCCUUGUGUAAUUAUUCUUUCGAUGUCGUACGACGUAAAAAGGACAAAGUAAAAAUAAUAGAUUUCGGUCCGAUGAAUGCAUCGUCUACGAAAGGAACGCUCUUUACGUACGAGGAAUUACAAAAUCAUAUUAAUGACACACCAGAGUUUCGUUUUAUCGGAGAGGAAAUAGGUAUUCAACCAAAGCCUCCUACACACUUUUGCAUUCCACAAGAGAUCAGCGAAUUUUUCCAAUCGAGUGAUAAUGUCACAUUAUUGGAUCUUAUUCAAAGGGAGGUAGAAAGUCAACGUAAAGAGCAUGAAAAUACUAACAGUUUGGAGAAUACUUGAUGUAUAUAUAAUGAUAAUAAAUAUGUUUCUUAUAUAUAUGAAUAUUAGAUGUAACUUUCUUUCAGCUGUAACUGUCUUAUUUAUAUGUGUAUAAGUGAUAAAAACUUUAAAAGAAAAAGAAAUGUAAUUCUCAACAUAUUUUAUCUUUUCCAAGAAAAACGAAAAACUAUAUAGUAUCUAAUGUACAAGCUAAUAAAUAUAUAAAUGAUUAUACAAUAAAUAGAUUCUAUUCGUUAAUUUCCAUAUAUUACAUUUUUAGAUCGUUUAAGUCCCAUGUUCUGAGAUCAUUAACAUCAGAGUGCUAAAAGGAAUAACCGAAUUUGUUAAAUUACUAAAUCUUCAAAUUUUCUCUUGCACAACUUUACUCUCCAUCUUGCGAUAUGAUAUACAAGAAAAAAAUCUUGUUUUUAAAUCACUUGGAGGCAACAUAGACGACGUAAUUUAUCAAUUAACUUAAGGCCGAUAAUUUUCGUAGCGUAAAAUUACGAUCCGAAGCUUCUCCGAGCUAUUAAUUACAAUUAAAUGCUCCUGAUCAUUGAAUUGCUCGCAUUUGGCGAUGCGAUAUGUGUAUGUAUGCGUGUGUGUGUGUGUGUGUAUACCUGUAUAUGCGAAUGAAUAUACACCGACAAGAUGUUUAAAUACAGAACUUUCACUUUUAUUCUGCCAGACCCUCUUUCUAUCAUUACAUUACAUAAAACGAUUAAAGGCUAUCCUACCGCUUGAAAGAAUUAUCAUAAUAUUGCAGUAUUUUUUUCGAGCCAUCGGCCUUUUAACCGAACGACGUUCCUUAUAUAGAAAAUAUGUCUUGUUUAUGUACAAUAUGCAAUCCUUAAUACUUCAGUUUUGAAAAAGGAUCCUCGAUAUAUGUAUCUCCGGACAAGUUAAUACGCUGUACAGUCAUAUCCACGGAGUAUUUUCAUCUCUCUCUCUCUCUCUCUCUUUCGUCCUUUACAAUCUCCACAGAAAUAAAGUUCAUAGGAUAGGGCGACUACUGCUGUGUGCGAUUUUACAAUUUCCACCAGUGGAUCAUGAUACAUUACUAAAACCCGAUCCUUUCAUCGCAAAACGAUUCUGCAGCUUUUCGCAUCGCACUUUGUCUGUACAUUUUCUGUAAAGUAUUAAGGAUAAAAAAUGCACAAAUGCUUAAAUUCUAAUUUCUCGUAACGUAUGUAAAUUUUGUAAACUUUUUAUCGAUAGCAAUAAUGCAAAAAUUUCUCUCAAUAUUAUAACAUAGACAUAUAAUUACUUCAUAUACACAAAAGUAAUAUAUAUAUAAAUAUAUGAUAUUACAAUUUCUUUGCUAGUUUUUUAGAAAAAUUUUCUAAACAAAAUUCUACUCUGAUAUAAUACACAUAGAAAAUAAUUAAAGGAAUGCGAACUAUUCUAAAUUCUGGAUAGAUGUUGCUUAAAAUUUUGUACAACAAAAGAAUCACUUUUAAUCGCACUAUAAUUUAGCUUGAAUGAGUUUAAUGGAAAAUAAAUUAUAUUUUUCUAUCGCGUAUCUAGUGCCAUAUCUGACCAUGUAACUUGGAAUUUUAUUCGUUUAUCAUGUAAAAGCUAUUUAAUGUAAAUACAAGGUCAGAAAUAAGACACUGCACUUUUAGUCAUUAGCUGAGCUACGAGACAAAGAUCCACGAAAAAAAUAAGCGCAAUACGAUGAAAAAAGUUGCGAAGUCGCUUCGCGAAAUAAAGCCCUAUUUACAGAGCGUCCUCUUUUUUUGCGAGCAAAAUACGACAGACUGCUUCGUUACUACUUCAUUAUACAGAAAACUUUUCCCACGUCAGUCACAAUUGCAAUUUGUGCAUCGAUUUUUUGCUUAAUAUACACGCAAAUAUCGGCUGAACGGGUUUUAUAUAAAAGAUAUCAAAUGCCUUUAUCCAAAUCUAAAUGAAAAAAUAAACUUAAAUUAUUUUUUUUUUUAGAGAAAGAAAAAAUAUGCUACUUUAUUAUAAGAAUAAUUUGUAACGUAUAUCUCGCUGUUUCUAUAAAUAACAACAAAUAUGAAUAACAUUGUGUGCAUGAGGACUCCAAAAAAAAAAAAAAAAAAAAAUAUUUCUUCAACACAAAGUAAUCAUUAUAUCAUUGAUUAAUCGAAGAAUGGGAAGCAUGAUUCCCUUUACAUAAAAGCCUUUCAAUUUCGCAACUCAAAUUCAGAGAAAAGUCCCUUCUCGCGAAAUAUAUCACGAAGGGGCACCCUUUCGCAGCGCGCGUCGCUCUCGAGAGACACUUGAUACAAUUUUUCUUACAGUGCAUAUGUAUAGCGGUAGUGUACCGUAUCUAGAAAUGUUCCCUUCUCGCGAAAUGUGUUUAUAUCUCGUCUCUUCUAUUAUUCGCGUUAUGUACACAGGAGCGCUUCUUUUCGCGUCGUCUUCAAAGAUGACUGUACCCGAUCUCCGUCCGAUCUCCAUUCAUAAUUAAUAUUUCACGUCACGUUUUUAUAAACUUCUUUCGCGUACUCUCUCGGUUCUUUACUCUCAUUAGUACUUCUCCUCAUUAGUACUUACUCUGAACGCUCAAAUUGUUUCGACUGUUUUGUGCUAAACGACAUUACGUAGCUUAAUGAAUAUACGUUUUGCAACGUAUGGCCGUUCGCUUGUCUCUUCCGAGUCUCUUCUUCGUUUCACAUCUUUUCUUCUCCACCCUUUAUUCGCUCGCAUUAGCAUAUUUAUCCCCCUUCGUUUUUAUUAUAUACGUCGCUCAUUUUAAUGAUACUAAAGUGACGUAUAACACUCGCACAUUCUCUCUCUCUCUCUCUCUCUCUCUUGCUUUUCUUUUUCGCCCUCUUUCUCUCGAAUACUGGUAGGGUGUUGAGUGACAAAAAAACAGUAGUCUUAACAAACAUACGAUACAAAAACUCUUAAGUUAUCGCUUAACGGCCAGUGUAAAGCGGAUUAUUUAUUUUAUCAUUUUUUUUUUCUCAUCUCCCCUUCUCUUUAAGUACCUGAAGAAGCUUAGCUUUGGAAAACUUUGCCUUAAUUCCCAAAUACAGGAUCUAAAACCGGUAAAAUUUAGGUGAAGUCGAAAUUUUUUAUAUCUUUACUGAUGAUAAUCGAAAAGCGACAAUUUGGCGUAUCUUUCUUCAACAUCAAGAAUUGAACUCACCGAAAUUCUACGGUUUAUGAUCCUUGCUUCUUAAACGAACGAUUCUGCAUAUUUCUUCUUUCUCUUGCUUCCAUCUCGAAUUUGCCUUAACAACAAAGACUACACAUCCCUCUAUGAUAAAUGCGAUUGGUACGACUAAAUUGGGUGGCGAAAGGCCAGACUAUCACCGACGAAUCGAGUGUACGCACACGCGUAUCUGGCGUGCGCGAGCUAGAAGCUAUAUCUCUCUUUUUGAGAGAUGUCUCAUUCAAAAAAUACGCAUUUCUAUUUGGUGUGAGACAUUCGCUCGGAAUUUUAUACAUGCGCGAAGACAUGCCUCUGACAUUUCUCCGUAUUUUUCUCUCUCUUUAUCGUCUCUUUCUUUCUUUUUGCAUACCUUCUCUUUUCUUCUCUUCUCUCUUUCUCUCUCUUUAAUAUACAGGAAGAUAUAAUUCGCCUCCUUAUUUUUAGCAUGAGAAUAAAUAGACUGAACUUUUCCUUGCUUUAUACAAACGGCUCCAGUAGAAACGCAACUUUCUUUCUUUUUUUUUUCAGAAUACGCUUUUCACGACCAAGAGCAAAGAAGUAUUAAAGAGGUCGUAGAAGAAAAUGCCACAUUAAAUUGAGAUGCAAAUGUAAAUUGAGACGAUCUAUGGAAAAAAGAGAACGUCUUUUCUCUAGAGAUCAAUUUACUUAGUUCAAAAAUGUUUGUAGCAUUUUCCUUUAAUUAAAAAUUAAAUCGUUAAUUAAGAGACGUCUUUUAUGCCUAUAGACCAGCUCAAUUACACAAGAGCUUAAUUUCAAUAUAGAAAUAGAUAAAGUAACAUAAUAUGAUCGGGAUCCGUCUCGCUUAAUGCAAAAUAAAAAUGCACUUUUCUUCUUGUCGUAAGAAGUAAAGGCAAAAAAUUGAAUGUAGACCGGUCUCGCACAAUAUAGAUGAAUAAAAGUAUAAAUAAAAUACUGGAAAAUUAUAUAGGCCACGCUACAAGAUUGGAUUAAUGCAAUAAAAUAGGUACCUCAUAAAAAAAAUUUGUAUCUGUUAAUUAUUCCUGUAGCCAGUAGCAAAUUAACAUAAAUACUAUUCAACAUAUUUAUUUACACAUAUUUAAUUACAAAAUCUUUCUUCCCGAGAGCUACACUUUUCACGCUUUGAAUCGUAUGUAAAACAAAAUGAUUUGGGUUAAAUGAUAAAAGAUAUAAGAAAAGAAAAAGCAGCGGAUGUGCUUCUUUUGACGCAAUUUUUACGUCGCAAAAUCAAAUUCUGUCGGAUAAAAAUCACGUUUCAAGCGAUUUUUUUUACGUAUAGGUGUUCAAACUUCCACGCUCUCACCAGAGAAAAUUGUUAUAAUCAAAAUAAACUAAAAAAAGAUUAAGCGCAGGAGGUAGAUAUCUUGCUCGUCGUUUAACUACUAACUGAAGGAGGAAUUGAAAGGAACGUGAUUUGUGAUAAUUAUUCAUAUUUGUAGCGAAGCGAUUAUAUUAUAUAAUCACAGAAAAAGGGUAUUAGUUAUUUUAUUCGCAGUGUUGACAUACGUGUAGAAUGUGCAUAAUUUACGAAUAAAAGAACGAAAUAAUAGAAAAUUAUAUCGAGAUCACUAUUUGCUUAUAUUCAGAUUGUAUACACAAAAUAAUAUAGUUACAACCAAAUUGACCGAAAAGAAUGUAACGUUUUUACAUUUUGUUUUAUAAUAUUAUUCCAUUAAAAAAAAAAGGGUCGUUAUCUAUAAAUGAUUAUAUAAUUCUUUCAUAAAAUUAAGAUUUUUUUUUCGUAAUAGCGCAUGUAAAAGAUUACAAGAGAAAAAUUUAAAAGCUUUACUUAUUCUUUUUCAUCUUCUUCUUCGGUUUUUGUUUAGUGCCAAGUAAUCGAUUGUGUAUGAUUUCUGUAUUAGAUAUAUGUAUAAUAGUAGUGUACAGUUUUUGACCUCCUAAUUUUAAACAAUAUUUACAACUACUAAAAAAAUAAUUAAGUUCGUUCUACGGAAGAAGAAAAA